CAACACUGUCCCUCAUCACCCCAGUAAAGACAACAUGGCGGACUCAGACGGUAUCACGGUCGCCCCUCUUCGCUCACUUGACGACUAUUUGAUGGAAUCUGCCAGGUUCCAGGUCCCAAACUUUAAAGAUACAGAUAAAUGGGGGAACAGAGUUAUUCAAAACCUCCUUUACUACCAGACAAACUACUUCUUGACGUACUUCGUGGUCUUCACUGUGGUGGGCAUCAUACACCCAACAAAGAUGUUCUGUGGCAUGACAGCUGUGGGCAUAGCUUUUGGCCUUUUCUACUACCUGACAAACAACAAACAGCCGGCCGUUGAUUUCAAGAAGUCCCAUCCCAUCCUCUCACUUAUCAUCCUCGUUCUCGGAGUCUAUUUCAUUGUUUACUUGUUGGGGUCAGUUGUGGUGUUCCUCAUGGGUAUACUUCUACCUAUCAUGGUGAUCUUCGCACAUGCCUCCAUGAGACUGCGAAACCUGAAGAAUAAAUUGAUGAAUAAAGUGGAAUAUCUGGGGUUCAAGCGCACUCCCAUGGGUGUGAUCCUUGACGCUUUAGGCCUGGAGCAGGACUUCCUCAUGUCCAGACUGAAUCUUGAUGGGAGUUCUAAAUUCCUCGACUCCUUCGUCAAGAUGUCUGGCAAGGUCAACUAACUUCAGAAGCUAUCUUGACUCUGCAUGUUUGUAUAAACCUGCUACCCCCUCAACCCCUUCUUUAAAUUAUUAUACACUGCUUUGAUUGGGUAGUUCUCAACAUACAUUUGGUAUGUUGCUAAUUCUGAGAUAAAAUAAGAUCUGAGUCCUAUAAAUAUGCAUCGAGUCAAAUAAAUGAUUUUGUUAUAACUACAUGCCUCAAGCUUGCUGGCACGACACUUGUGAUAAAUUGCAUGGGUUCCCAUUGCUGUGUAAUCAUCCCAGGCUUUCAUAAGGGUUCCCACUGUUGUCUUAUCAUCCCAGGCUUUCAUAAGGGUUCCACUGUUGUCUUAUCAUCUUAGGCUUUCAUAAGGGUUCCCACUAUUGUCUUAUCAUCCCAGGCUUUCAUAAGGGUUUCGCCAUCAGCUUUCCAUAAUUUUAAAGGCUUUGGUGUUGUGGUGACUGUAGUUUCAUCCUCCCAUCUUCCUUAGUGAAGGAUAUUGUACAACUGUUGAAGAUAUUAAGUGAGACUAUUAGAUUAGCAGUGUAAGCUUUGAUUACAUUGUAUUAUUUUUGUAUUGGGAUCAGAAGUGUAGGUAAAACAGAUUUUCUUGUUAACUCCCUCAGCUUACUGUACUGUACCAAGGUGCCAUCAUUUUGACAGUGUGAUCUCAGACUGUGGAUUUACGGUAUAUACUGGUCCAGAUUCUAGUACUGUACUACAAUAUUUAGUUUCUAUUUAUUUUAUUUUUAUUUAUUUUUAUCAAAUUACUGUACAUGAUAACACGGUGCCUUUAAAUAGCCCCAUUAGUGUGAUUUUAGUUUUGUAUUUAUAAUAUGUAUAGGUCAAAACCAACAAUUUGAUCACUGUAGCUGAUCUUGAAUAAAUUAUUGAUGCACACUGCAUAAAAUGAGCAUCACUUGUCGAAUGUUAAUUAUACUAUUGAUGACUCCAUUCGCCUUCCAAGGUACCGUAAAUGAUAAUAGUGGCCAGUUCUAGAAUAUUUAGUUACUGAAAGGUUGUCAUAAUUUUAAGAGCUGCUAUUUACUGACAGACAUAUCUUAACCUUUUGAGACUGACGUAUCUUUCAUGUCUUUAGGCUAGACAGCGUAAGUUUACUGAAUGGAAAACCAAGUGUUGUAAUGUGACUGGCUCCUAUGUGUACACUAUUAAGCUGAGGGGGUCGACUGUCUUAGCAUGUCAUUUGUUUAAAUGAAAAUAAAAAAUCCACUGUCAUCAGAUCAUAACCUAACCCCAUCCCUAGUCAUUGCUUUUAUUGUGCAGAUGUAAAUAAGUGAUUGAUAGACCCGUUUUUGCUAGGUAAAAGAAUAGCAAGCCUUACUUCAUAAUAGCAUUUUCUCACUUAGCUACUGCAUAACAGGCAAUUAGGGACCGUCUUCCACAAUGAUGAUGUGAGUAGGUAAAAAUUUAUUAAAUUAUUAGGACACACAAGACAAGUAAAUGAAGACUAUCACUUACUUUAUUGAUUUACACAUACCUAAAUUGAAUGGACCAUCUAAGCAUUACAAAUUGUAUUCCCCAAAUUUGAAGAAAAAAACCCUAGAUAAAACAGUUAAUUUUUUGUCCCAAUUCAUAAUGAAAUCUAAGAAUAUAAAUACCAUAAGGUGCUUUUCUCUUAUGAUGUACACCCACCAAUAAAAGUCCUGUCAGUUCUCCAACCCACCCAUGAACCCUGAGGCUCGUGACCCUGUGAAUCCGAGACGUCGCACAUUGUUGGGUGCACUGUGUGAUGUCUCGGAUUCACAAGGUUCAUGGAUGGAGGAGAGGACUGAAAAGAUUUUUAUUUAGUUUUUGGGUGUAUAUAGUAUUGUCAGAUUGGGUUGUUGAUCUGAAGACAAAUACACUACAGGAUAAUUUACUGUUAGCUCCCUAAAGUAGUAUUUAUUAAGUGGUGGAGGUUAUAUUAGGCAGGAAAGACAGAGAGUACAGUAUGGCAGGAAGUUCCACACAUUAGCAGAACUCCCCAUCCAACCAGUAAGUGAAUCACCCUGUAUAGUAUUUCACGUAACCAGUCAUAGAUGAAAUUAUUUAAAAACUGAUUACAGUAAAGGGGCACAAGGUGUUUUUUGUUUUUUUUUCACCUGCAUGAUAUUAUAUUGUAGUUUGUCAUAAUGGUGGUGAUACCCAUGAAUGUCCUGACAGCUUUUUCACACUUUUAUUUAUUCGUUUGUUGUCAUAUACCAUCAUGAAAAUGUACAGGGUAUUGGGUAUUUCAUAAAUAUUUUACCAGUACAGUACAGUAUAUAGGACGAGUUAUUUAAUGCUGUAUAACUUAAAUGAUUGAAUUGCUCACCAGUUUUAGCUACACAUACUACUACAAAAUACUUAAAGGCAUGUUUUGCAUCCAUUUCAGUCAUCACCCUAAGUAUGUUUUUCGCACAGUUCUUCAACUCUCCACAACUUUUUAAAUGCUGUACGGUAUACAUACAUUGUGGUAAUGUUUUUUAUGAAUAACCUUAUAUAUCCAGUCUUAAAAACCUAUUGAUGUUAUUAUUUUGAUUACUUCCUAUCCAUAGCUCAGUAUAAUAAUGUACACACGUUUUCUUUUUGACCUUGGUGUAUAAAAUUAAAUGUAGCGAGAAAGCUCAAUUAGUUUUUGUUAUUGUUGUUGUUAUCAUCUCGAAGGUUACAUGUCAAACUUUUCCAUUUAAUGUAAUCUGAGCCAAGAAACGGAUCACAAAUAUCAGUCAAUGACAGCCGAGCUUCAACCCAAAAAUAAGUAAAAAAAACCUUAUUGUCAAUUUGGUUAUAGAAUAGGUAAGUGGAGCUUUGUACAUUUCUUAUACUUUAUUGGUGAAUUCUUGAAGGCUUCAAAUACAUGUAUGCUUAGAGUCACAGAACUUGAUAAUUAUUGGUCAAACUCAGGCCCAGAAUAAAUAUAAUAAACAAAACCUUAAUUAUCAAUACCGUACUGUACUGUAUGGUUAUAGAUUAGAUAAAUGUUGGUCUUGCUUAUCAAUCCAUCUUUCUUGGUUUUAAAUACAUGUAGCUACAGUACUGGCAACACACACUGAUAUUUGGGUUCUGUUUCAUGGAUCAGGUCACAUGUACUCCAUGACAUCUAGGGAGUCUCUAAUUCUUGGUACCUUAACCUCUUUGCUACGGGACACCAUGUAAUAUUUUACUGUAUUUGGUUAAUGCCAGAUGAUUUUAUUCAGCUCAGAGGCAACCCAAUACACAAGGGGUUAGUAGACUAUCUCCACUAACUCCUUCAAUAUGGGUUACCACUUUUAAUAUUUGAUUUGAUUAAUUCCGGAUGAUUUUAUUCAGCUCAGAGGUGACCCCGUACACGAGGGGUUAAUGCCUGAAAUUACACUUAUACAGUAUCCAUCAUGUUACACUAUGGAGUUUGAUUUAUCCUCACACAUAGUUAAUUUUGGAGAUUGUUGCACCUUUUAAAAGUUCUUAGGUACCCCUAGCCAUGGAUAUUACAUACAGAUGGAAUACAGGUUUCUUAUUCACUGAUCUUGGCAUUAUUUUAUAUCAAGCAUGUGCCAUAUGAUUAUACAUUUAAUGUACUGUACCUCCAAUUAAUAAAAGAAAAUUUACUGA